AUGCGUCACGUGACCUCGAAAGUGGGUGCUGCCGACGCUGAGCUUCUCGGGGACAGCUUCGGUUUGAUGUUCGACGGAUGGACCUGCGGAACAGUCCACUUUGUUGGCAUCUUCGGCGUUAGUGUUCGCGACGGCGUGCGGAGACAGCCUCUGCUGUCUAUUUCGAUGGCUAAGGAUGGGCAGUCGGCCGAUGAUCACAUCGAAAUGAUCGACAACGUUCUUGAUGUAUACGAAAAGAACCGAGAGAUGCUGCGCUUCGACGUCGGCGACAACUGCCCGACGAACAAGGCUAUCGCUACUCGGCUCAAGGUUCCCCUGAUCGGCUGCGCAAGCCAACGCUUCAAUCUGGCGGGUUGCGAGUAUCUCGUCGAGUAUGAGGACCUCAUCGCUGAAGUUCAUUUUUUUUAUUGUAAGAGCACUGCUUACAAGGUAUUCGAUAAUCAGAUUAGGGGUCACACGAUUCAGUCAAUUUAUGAGGCUAUCCCCGGUAGAGCUCGCGUGGUUCCGUCUCCGGAAGGUCUCCCUCCGCAUUGA